CAAGAAACAAGACAUAAACCAAAGAAAGAAAGAAAAAAACCGGGAGCACGCCCAAGGCGCCAAAAGUUUUGUGGGGCAAGGAUCCCUGACGACGUGAUUAAUCAGUACGGAUUAUUUGGUACCCUGCCGACCUCACCUACCCACAUUCACACCUACCCUUUGAUCCGUGGCACACAAAAACAUACCUGGGAAGAAAAUCAUCCUAGUAUCUAUAUCUAUAUACAUACUUUUCUGGGCAAGGGAUAUACACAACACCUUUAACUCGCUCAUCUUAUACAUCUUUUUUAUUUCGCCUUUUUGCUUUACCUUUUUUUUCCCUUGUUCUUACCUUUGCCCGACCAUCAUCAUGUCUUCUCCUCCUUCUGCGGCCGCCGCUGCUUCUCCGUCGUCGUCGUCUUCUCCACGCCGCGCGGAGCUGGCGGAGCUGGCGGAGCGCGCGGCACACGUGGAGGUGGACACGGAGGCUGCCGCUGCCUGGGAUGGCGAGGCCGGGGCCGGGGCCGGGGAUGGCGGGGACGGGGACUCGGCGUACGAGGACGGGACAUCGGCGGCGUCGACGUCGCUCAAGAGCAGCGUGAUGCGGUACGAGUGGAAGCACGGGCGGCGGUACCACGCGUACCAGGCGGGCAAGUACCAGUUCCCCAACGACGAGAAGGAGCAGGAACGGCUCGACAUGGUGCACCACGUCUACUACCGCUGCCUGAACGACCGGCUCUUCCUGGCCCCCAUCGACCCGGACAAGGGCCUGCGCGUGCUCGACGUGGGCACGGGGACGGGCCUGUGGGCCAUCCACCUGGGCGACGAGUACCCGGGCGCGGCCGAGAUCGUGGGCAACGACCUGUCGCCCAUCCAGCCGAGCUGGUGCCCGCCCAACGUGCGCUUCCUGGUCGACGACGUCGAGCUCGACUGGGCCGAGCCCCGGCCCUACGACUACAUCCACUGCCGCUACAUGGCCGGCUCCAUCAAGGACUGGCCCCGCCUGAUCCGUCAGAUGUACAACAACCUCGUCCCCGGCGGCUGGCUCGAGCUGCAGGAGAGCGUGAACACGCCCUACAGCCAGGAUGGCUCCCUGACCGAGGACAACCCGAUGGUCCGCAUGAUGGACGGCCUGAUGGAGGCCUGCGACCGCAUCGGCCGCACCGUGAACCCGGCCCCGAGCAUGGAGCGCUGGGUCCGCGACGCCGGCUUCAUCAACGUCCGCGUCCAGGUCUUCCCCCUCCCCGUCGGCGCCUGGCCCCGCGACCCCCGCCUCAAGGAGAUCGGCACCCUCCUGACCAUCAACUUCGCCGAGGGCGUCGAGGCCUUCACCGCCGCCCUCUUCGCCGACGUCCUCGGCUGGUCCAAGGAGGAGAUCUCCGUCCUCAACGCCGGCGUCCGCGCUGCCGCCAAGAACCCCGACACCCACAUCCUCUUUGACUUUCUCGUCAUCACCGCCCAGAAACCCGAGAAAUGAUUUUUUGAAUAAUCACCCCCCACCACCCUUGGGGCUUUGGACAAAGAAACGAAAAAAAAAGGGAGAGGGGGGCCCGGAAGGGGGGGGGGCUCAGGGAGAACGGUACUAUUGGUGAGAAGAAAGAGGACAUGUUUUUCAGGAAUGAUAUGCUCUCAAUCAAGGGAUGGACGGGGAGUAAGGUAUUUUUGGGUGGAUGGAGUGCUGCUUCAUUUCAUUAUUUGAGAGGGUGCUUGUUGUUUUCUUGUUUCUCUCUUUCCCCCCUUUUCCCAGCAGCGCGUUGGAGCCUCGGUUACAGACCCUUGAUACCAAAAUCUUUCUUCAUCUGUGGUAGUAUACAGAUAUGUCAGAGGCUACUACAGAGUAGUCAGCAACACAGUAGCCUCCUAGCUUUACGACCAUGAAGUCCUCUAUGCAAACGUGCUCUGACCAAGCCUCUUAACGAGUCCCACGUUGACUAUUAGUAUUAAUCAGACCGGAGAC